AUGUCGGACGACAAGCGAAGUCUGCUGCAGCCGGAGGCCCCGGCGGCCACCGAAGAAGUGCCGCAGGUGUACCGGUCGCUCAACUUCCGCAGCCUGCAAGACCCGUACUCCCACCGCGGUGACACCAUGGCCAGCCACUACAGUACCUUACGCACCGACAACUUGGAAGCGAUGCUCAACGGUGGCCUCGAAAAGUUCUACAAGAAGUACAACCACCUGUCCCGGAAGGUCAACCUACAGCUACCUACACCCGAGGUGCGUUUCCAGGACCUGUCGUUCUCGGUACAGGUCCCUGCGAGCGUAGGUGGCCACAACACAGUGGGCUCUCAUCUGGCGUCGAUCUUCACACCGUGGCAAAAGGUGCCGAUGAUGACCAAGCAUGCACUACACCCAAUGACCGGCAUCAUCAAACCAGGUUCAAUGACGUUGGUCCUGGCCAACCCGGGUGCCGGCAAGUCGACGUUCCUUAAGGCCAUGGCCGGUAAGCUACAGGACAACUCGAAGGCGGAGAUUGGAGGCGAGAUCUUGUACUCAGGCCUGCGUGGCGACGAGAUCGACUUGAUCAAACUAACCGGACUGGUCGACCAGAUGGACAACCACAUUCCGACGCUGACUGUGCGUGAGACGUUCAAGUUCGCCGACAUGUGCGUGAACGGUCGUCCAGAAGACCAACCGGAGGAGAUGCGGGACAUCGCUGCUCUCCGUACGGAGCUGUUCUUGCAGAUCCUGGGUCUGGAGAGCUGUGCCGACACUGUGGUCGGUGACGCUCUGCUGCGUGGUGUGAGUGGCGGUGAGCGUAAGCGUGUGACUGUCGGCGAAGUGUUGGUCGGUGGCCAGAGUCUGUUCCUGUGUGACGAGAUCUCGACGGGUCUGGACAGUGCCGCCACCUUCGACAUCGUCAAGUCCAUGCGUACGUGGUGCAAGACAUUGGGCGGCUCUGUCAUUGUGGCACUACUGCAACCGACACCCGAAGUUGUGGAGAUGUUCGACGAUAUCCUAAUGAUCCACGAAGGCCACUUGGUCUACCACGGUCCUAGAACUGAUAUUCUGGACUACUUUGAGAACCUCGGCUUCACGUGUCCGCCACGUGUGGACCCUGCAGAUUUCCUCAUUGAGGUGACGUCGGGACGAGGCCACCGGUACGCGAACGGGAGCGUGGAGACCAGAGACCUCCCUGUCACACCCGAAGAGCUCAAUAAUUUAUUCUGUCAAUCGGACAUCUACAAGAGAACCCACGAGGCCAUCAGCAAGGGCUUCAACGAGCACCAGUUCGAGAAUGCUGAGGAUUUCAAGAAGGCCAAAAGUGUAGCCAACCUGGCACGCUCGAAGCAGAAAUCGGAGUUCGGAUUGGCGUUCAUCCCCAGCACGUUGCUGCUACUGAACCGGCAGAAGCUCAUCUGGCUACGUGACCCUCCUCUACUGUGGGGUAAGCUGCUUGAAGCGCUUAUUAUCGGUCUGGUUAUGGGCAUGAUCUACUAUAAUGUGGCCUCGGCGUACUACCUGCGUAUGAUCUUCUUCAGUAUCGCGUUGUUCCAGCGUCAAGCGUGGCAGCAGAUCACCAUCUCGUUUCAGCUUCGUAAGGUUUUUUACAAGCAACGGCCACGCAACUUCUUCCGUACGACGUCGUACGCGAUAGCUGAGAGCGUCGUGCAGAUCCCAGUGAACGUGGCGGUAUCGUUCGUGCUGGGCACGUUCUUCUACUUUAUGAGUGGACUGACAAGGACGUUCGAGAAGUACAUUGUGUUCUACCUGGUGCUGCUGUGUUUCCAGCAUGCGAUCAGUGCGUACAUGACGAUGCUGAGUGCGCUGUCUCCUAGCAUCACGGUAGGGCAGGCGUUGGCUUCGAUCUCUGUGAGCUUCUUCCUGUUGUUCUCGGGCAACAUUAUCCUGGCCGACCUGAUCCCGGAUUACUGGAUCUGGAUGUACUGGUUCUCCCCGAUCUCCUGGGCGCUACGUAGCAACAUGCUCUCGGAGUUCUCAAGUGACCGGUACACUGAUGCUCAGAGCAAGAAGUUCUUGGACAGCUUCUCGAUCUCGCAGGGUACCGAGUACAUCUGGUUUGGUAUUGGCAUUCUUGCUUUGUACUACUUCCUGUUCACCACGUUGAACGGCAUGGCUCUACACUACAUCCGCUACGAGAAGUACAAGGGUGUGAGUGUGAAGACCAUGACGGACAAGCCGUCGGAUGACGAGAUAUACGUUGAAGUGGGUACACCAAGUGCUCCUAACAGCGGUGUUGUCAAGAGCGGUGGGCUGCCCUUCACGCCGUCGAACCUGUGCAUCAAGGACCUCGAGUACUUUGUGACACUGCCAUCGGGUGAGGAGAAACAGCUUCUCCGUGGCAUCACAGCGCACUUCGAACCCGGUCGCAUGGUGGCGCUCAUGGGUGCGACGGGAGCCGGUAAGACGACGCUGAUGGAUGUGAUUGCAGGUCGUAAGACUGGCGGACGCAUUGUCGGUGACAUUAUCGUGAACGGCGAGCCCAAGAACCCGGCCAACUUCAGUCGUAUCACGGCGUACUGCGAGCAGAUGGACAUCCACUCGGAGGCCGCGUCGAUCUACGAGGCACUGGUGUUCUCAGCUAACCUGCGUCUACCGCCGACGUUCACGAAGGACGAACGUAUGAACCUUGUGAACGAGACGCUGGAGCUAUUGGAACUCAGUCCAAUUGCUGGUGCAAUGGUUGGUAGUCUCUCCGUGGAACAGAAGAAGCGCGUGACGAUCGGCGUGGAGGUGGUGUCUAACCCCAGUAUUCUCUUCCUGGAUGAACCGACGAGUGGUUUGGACGCGCGAUCGGCUUUGAUCGUGAUGCGUGGGGUUCAAUCUAUCGCCCGUACUGGCCGCACGGUGCUGUGCACGAUCCACCAGCCUAGUAUCUCAAUCUUCGAGCUGUUUGAUGGUCUGCUGUUACUUCAGAAGGGUGGCUUCACGGCGUAUUUUGGUGACCUUGGUGUAGAUUCAGUGAAGAUGCUCGAGUACUUCGCUUCAAUCCCCGGGACGAUGGAGAUCCGACCGCAGUACAACCCCGCUACUUACAUGCUGGAGGUUAUCGGCGCCGGAAUUGGCCGUGACGUCAAGGAUUACUCCGUGGAAUACAGGAACAGCGAGCUGUACAAGUCGAACCGUGAACGCACUCUAGAGUUGGCCGAGGGGUCGGAAGACUUUAUAUGCCACUCGACACUCAACUACCGGCCGAUCGCGACGGGCUUCUGGAACCAGUUGAAGGAGCUGACGAAGAAGCAGCAGCUCACGUACUGGCGCAACCCGCAGUACAACUUCAUGCGCAUGUUCCUGUUCCCGUUGUUCGCUGUCAUCUUCGGCACCACGUUCUACCAAUUAUCUGCCGCUAGUGUCAAGAAGAUCAACUCGCACAUCGGUCUCAUCUACAACAGUAUGGACUUUAUCGGAGUCAUCAACCUAAUGACGGUGCUGGAAGUCACGUGUGCCGAGCGCGCCGUGUUCUACCGUGAACGGAUGUCGAACUACUACGGUCCGUUGCCCUACAGUCUGUCAUUGUGGUUCGCUGAGAUCCCGUACCUCAUCAUUGUGAUCAUCCUCUUCGUGACGAUCGAGUACUGGCUCGUCGGCUGGAGUGACGACGCCGGCGACUUCUUCUUCUUCAUGUUCGUCUUCUACCUCUACACGUCGGCGUGUACGUACGUGGGUCAGUGGAUGUCGGCGCUGAUGCCGAACGAGAAGGUGGCGAACGUAGCUGUCGGCGCGUUGUCGUGUCUGUUCAACCUGUUCUCGGGCUAUUUGCUGCCGCGUACAGCCAUGAAGCACGGCUACAAGUGGUUCCAGUACGUCAUGCCGUCCAGCUACUCGCUCGCAGCACUGGUGGGCGUGCAGUUCGGUAAGAACCAGGAUAUCAUUGCCGUGACGGCGAACAACUCGACCAAGCAGAUGACGGUGGCGGACUACAUUUCCAACACGUACGACUUCCGUCCGGAUCGCAAAUACGACUACAUGGUUGGCUUGAUCGUCAUUUGGAUCGUGGUGCAGAUGGCAAUCUAUCUCACGUUCAAGUACGUGAGCCACCUCAAGCGUUAA